CCUGCAGUGACCAUGGCCCCCCGCAAGAGGAGCCGCCAUGGCCUGGGCUUCCUGUGCUGCUUUGGGGGCAGCGACCUCCCCGAGAUCAACCUCCGGGACAGCCACCCUCUGCAGUACAUGGAGUUCUCCAGCCCCAUCCCAAACCCAGAGGAGCUUAACGUCCGCUUUGCUGAGCUGGUGGAUGAAUUGGAUCUCACUGACAAAAACCGGGAGGCUGUGUUUGCACUGCCCCCUGAGAAGAAAUGGCAGAUCUACUGCAGCAAGAAGAAGGAGCAGGAGGACCCCAACAAGCUGGCGACCAGCUGGCCUGACUAUUACAUUGACCGCAUCAACUCUAUGGCUGCAAUGCAGAGUCUGUACGCAUUUGAUGAGGAGGAGAUGGAAAUGAGGAACCAAGUCGUGGAAGACCUGAAGACGGCUCUCCGGACGCAGCCCAUGAGGUUUGUGACCCGCUUCAUCGAGCUGGAAGGCUUGGCCUGUCUGCUGAAUUUCCUCCGGAGCAUGGACCAUGCUACCUGCGAGAGCCGCAUCCACACCUCCCUCAUCGGCUGUGUCAAGGCGCUGAUGAACAAUUCCCAGGGGCGGGCGCACGUGCUGGCGCAGCCUGAGGCCAUCAGCACCAUCGCCCAGAGCCUGCGCACAGAGAACAGCAAGACCAAGGUGGCUGUGCUGGAAAUCCUAGGCGCCGUGUGCUUGGUGCCUGGUGGCCACAAGAAGGUGCUGCAGGCCAUGCUGCACUACCAGGUGUAUGCAGCAGAGCGCACACGUUUCCAGACACUGCUGAAUGAGCUGGACCGAAGUUUGGGCCGAUACCGGGAUGAAGUGAAUCUGAAAACAGCCAUUAUGUCCUUCAUCAACGCAGUCCUCAAUGCUGGAGCUGGAGAGGAUAAUCUGGAGUUCCGCCUGCAUCUCCGGUAUGAAUUCCUGAUGCUGGGGAUACAGCCUGUGAUCGACAAACUCCGGCAACAUGAGAAUGCCAUCCUGGACAAGCAUUUAGACUUCUUCGAGAUGGUCCGAAAUGAGGAUGACCUGGAGCUAGCCAGGAGGUUUGACAUGGUGCACAUCGACACUAAGAGUGCUUCACAGAUGUUCGAGCUGAUCCACAAGAAGCUGAAGCACACUGAAGCUUACCCCUGCCUGCUCUCUGUCCUGCAUCACUGCCUGCAGAUGCCCUACAAGCGGAAUGGUGGCUACUUCCAGCAGUGGCAGCUCCUGGACCGCAUCCUCCAGCAGAUUGUCCUCCAGGAUGAGCGGGGUACGGACCCUGACCUGGCUCCCUUGGAGAACUUCAAUGUCAAGAACAUCGUCAACAUGCUCAUCAAUGAGAAUGAAGUGAAACAGUGGCGAGACCAGGCAGAGAAGUUCCGGAAAGAACACAUGGAGCUCGUGAGCCGGCUGGAGAGGAAGGAGCGGGAAUGUGAGACAAAGACGCUGGAGAAGGAAGAGAUGAUGCGGACACUGAACAAAAUGAAGGACAAGCUGUCCCGAGAGUCCCAGGAGCUGCGCCAGGCUCGGGGACAAGUGGCAGAGCUGGUAGCCCAACUCAGUGAAAUCUCAGACCCCUUCCCCAGCAGCGAAGUCCCACUCAGGAAAAAGCGUGUCCCCCAGCCUUCCCACCCGCUGAAGUCCUUCAACUGGGUCAAGCUGAAUGAGGAGCGUGUCCCUGGCACCGUAUGGAAUGAGAUUGAUGAUAUGCAGGUAUUUCGGAUUCUGGACCUGGAGGAUUUUGAAAAAAUGUUUUCAGCCUAUCAGAGGCACCAGAAAGAGUUGGGCUCCACUGAGGACAUCUACCUGGCCUCCCGCAAGGUCAAGGAGCUGUCGGUCAUUGAUGGUCGGAGGGCUCAGAACUGCAUCAUCCUUCUCUCCAAGUUGAAGCUUUCUAAUGAGGAGAUCCGGCAGGCCGUCUUGAAGAUGGACCAGCAGGAGGACCUCGCUAAGGACAUGCUGGAGCAGCUCCUUAAGUUUAUCCCGGAGAAGAGCGACAUUGACCUCCUGGAGGAGCACAAGCAUGAGAUCGAGCGCAUGGCCCGCGCUGACCGCUUCCUCUAUGAAAUGAGCAGGAUCGACCACUACCAGCAGCGACUGCAGGCCCUCUUCUUCAAGAAGAAGUUCCAGGAGCGGCUGGCUGAAGCCAAGCCCAAAGUGGAAGCCAUCCUGCUGGCCUCCCGGGAGCUGGUGCGCAGCAAGCGUCUAAAGCAGAUGCUGGAGGUUGUUCUGGCCAUCGGCAACUUCAUGAACAAAGGGCAGCGUGGGGGCGCCUAUGGGUUCCGGGUGGCCAGCCUUAACAAGAUCGCCGACACCAAGUCCAGCAUCGACAGAAACAUCUCUCUGCUCCAUUACCUGAUCAUGAUCCUGGAGAAACAUUUCCCUGACAUCCUGAACAUGCCUUCGGAGCUGCAGCAUCUUCCAGAAGCUGCCAAAGUCAACCUGGCAGAGCUAGAGAAGGAGGUGGGCAACCUCAAGAGGGGCCUCCGAGCAGUCGAGGUGGAGCUGGAAUAUCAGAGACGCCAGGUGCGGGAGCCCAAUGAUAAGUUUGUCCCAGUCAUGAGCGACUUCAUCACAGUGUCCAGCUUCAGCUUCUCAGAGCUGGAGGACCAGCUAAAUGAGGCCAGGGACAAGUUUGCCAAGGCCCUGAGGCACUUCGGGGAGCAUGAGAGCAAGAUGCAGCCGGACGAAUUCUUUGGCAUCUUUGACAGCUUCCUGCAGGCCUUCUCGGAGGCCCGGCAGGACCUGGAGGCCAUGAGGAGGAGGAAGGAGGAGGAGGAGCGGCGGGCACGCAUGGAAGCCAUGCUAAAGGAGCAGCGGGAGCGCGAGCGGUGGCAGCGGCAGCGGCAGGUCCUGGCGGGCAGCGCGCUGGAGGAGGGAGGCGAGUUCGACGACCUGGUGUCGGCCCUGCGCUCCGGGGAAGUUUUUGACAAGGACUUGUGCAAGCUCAAGCGCAGCCGCAAGCGAUCAGGGAGCCAGGCCCUGGAGGUCACCCGGGAGCGGGCAAUGCACAGGCUAAAUUAUUGACCUGGGGAUUGGCCCCACAGGAGGCUGGAGACUGGGACAGGCCGAGAGGGGCUGAGCAGAGGCGGAGGUGCGGUGAUACUUCAACCAUUUGGUGCUGGUGUAGAGCCCUGGGCUGGGCCCUGGGGUGGGGGCUGUGGGGGCUGGACCAGGUGUCUCCCCAUGCUUACCUAAGGGCUCCUCCCUUCUCACCUUUGCAUUCUUCUCUCUGCAUCCUGGCCCCCAGGGGCCUUCUUGAAGGCUGGCUUGGACAUCCCUGGCAUACCACGGUCUGGCCAGGCAACCGCAAGCUGAGGGGACCCUGCUCCCCAUCCCCCACCAUGGCACCCCCAUGUUGGCACAGAAGUCUUCCAGAUCUAGACUGCAAAGUUCCCCACACUGUGUCCAGAUUUCACGCGUGGGGCAUUAACAGUGGAAUGGCCCUGAGAGCCAGGGAGAGGGGAUCCAGGCUCCCUUUUCUCAAGGGGAAGCUCAAUGGAACACUGAUCUGGGGAGAACUUUCCUCUCACAUGGAAACGGAAGAGCAUUAUAUGUUCUAGCUAGAUCAGCUCUGGUAUGUUCCAGAACACCAAAUGUUGGGAGGAUGAUGCAGGGACCAGAGCCAUCAGACGGAGUAGCUGUGCCUGUUUUCCUGCAUCACAAGUCCUUUGGCCACUCUCUUGCAUGUCUGAAGUCUCUCCCCUUCCUUCCCUACCCCCACCUCCAUCCUAUCUACUAACCCACAAUCCAGAAAACUCAGCUUUGGGUUCCCACGACUGUGGCUUACUACCAGCUACUUGAUGAACCUGGAGAGACUUCAUCACCACACCUCAUGCUUUGUGCGUCGGGACCCCCACUACCCCACACAACCUGACCAUCGUCCUGAAGUGAGACAGAGACCUCGACCUCACAUGUUGCCUAGGAGUUCCCAGAGCCCCUAGCCAGAGGGCGACACUUGAAUGUCGAGCUCCACCCAACAGCUCCUUGGUCCACCACUUAAUAUUAAUCGUGCUGGCCCCAGCUUUUUCUCUAACACCUGCCUCAGGGCAGAAGCCGUGGUGGUGGCUUCUCUGCCCAGCCUGCAGGAUACCACUUGGAACCACAUGCACCUGGCUGAGGCUGGCCCUGGAGAGUCAGUCCUAAGGGCCAAAGCUGCCCUCUGCAUUUACAUGCAGUCUCUGAGGGUGCCCUCCUCCCCAACCCCCAGGCAUUGGGCUUAGGGUCCAGAGAAGAGCAGGCAGGAGAGCUGGGGACUGGGGAUGGAGGAGGAAGGCCAGCUUCCUUGGGGAGUGCACUGCCUGAAAGGAGCCAAGGAAGGAAGUCUGGGAGGAGGCCCCACCACCAUCUCUGGUACCCAAUUUGGAUCUUCAACCUGACUUGCAAGGGGCCCACUCUUGUCCUCCCGUCCACUCCCACCUUCCAUUUUGUCCAUCUUGAGCAGUCCCUGGCAGGAGGGUGGGACGGCUGUAUAUAGACAGAUUUUCUUCUAACAUGAGGAGAGUGAGGUCAAUUCCAUCAAGGCUCUUAUUUUGAAUACACACCCCCACUCCAAGCUGAUCUUUCAUCCUCUGUAAGACCAGCUUGCCUGACGUUCACCAUCAACCAGCUCCUGGCCUUUAUGUUUCCGACCUUCGGACCGCAUUCCCAGGCUCAGGGUGAUUGCCAGUGGACAGACUGGUGGGCUGGGCCCGCUCUUCAGCUGCCUGUCUUCUGCCUUUUCUCAACAUCAGACUCCUGGGGUGGGGCAUAGUAGCUGCGGGGGAAGAAGCAGGGUUGGUGAGCCCAGCAUGUGCGUUGGUUGGAGGGGGCGAUGCGUGUGUUCUGUGGGAGGGAUCAGAGUAAGUGCAAGCCUGGCUGGCACAGGUGUGAAGAGGCCAUCUGGAACCCAGGUGAGGGCGAGGAAGGCUUCCAGGAAGAGCAGCUGCAGAGAGCUUCAUUAUAUCCAUCUGCACACCCGAGAGCCUCACUGCAAGAAGCAGGCACUGGGAUGAUGGGGAAGCUGUGGGUGGGACCUCUGAAGGUCCUCUCCCAAACCUGCCAGGCUGAGAUCAGCCUAACCCGCAAGAGGAAGGGAACAGGGAGGACUCCAGUUCUGUCCAAGCAUGUCCAAAUCUGGCAUUUCCACCCACCAUGGAAGGCUGGAUACACACCAGGAAAGACAAGGAAUAUGGAAGCUGUUCACAACACAUUCCAUCCUCAGAAAAGCAGAGUCAUGGUUUAGCUGUUUACAGAAGACAUAUCAUUCCAGAGCUCAGCCUUUUCACCCCCAAAUGGUUUUUUGUUCUCUAUUUAUUAUUUUCUAGAUCUGGCCAGUGGCUUUGGUCCUAGAUGCCACUGUGGCCAGAUCUCUCCAACAGUGCCUUGGACCAUGGACCAUCAGAGUCAACUCAGCAGGGAGGGACUGGUGCUCAGUGGAGGCUGCUGAGCUAGUCCUUGAUGUUAAAUGUUUAAGCCUUGCUUUCCACAGUGCCCUUCCCACCCCUCCUGCCACCUUCAGAUAAAUUUCUCCCACUGUCUAAUUUUGUGUCCAAGAUAAAAUUCAUAGUCAGCCUAACACAACCCAUCCCUUCUCAGCAGCAGCACUUCCUCCUCCCUGCGGUGGUGGGAGAACACCCUCAAGGUAGAUGGGGAAGGCUCUGGUCCAGGCUCUCCCCAGUCCUAUCACAUUCCCACCAACUGGGGAGCCAUGACCAUCCCCCCUGACCUCUACCAGGGACACCUUCAUGCCAAGGCUGCUUUCACCAGCUGUCUCAGAUGAUAAGUGAAGCUAAUGUACAAAAUUUGCAGUGUCUUUACCUGCACCUUUUUUAUAAGAAUAUAUUGUAAUACUAAAAAAUAUUAAACCCAUACCAUCCCUACCCAG